CUUUGGUGUUUAUAAUAACUGUUGAAUCUCUGAAUUCGUCGUUGUUAGUACACAUAAAGGUUUCUUGUUUUUAUUUUGUUAAAGUGCAUUUAAAUUACUGCUUACUGAACGGCAGUUUUGGAAUUAAAUCCAUAAUUACUGACGUCGCCGUCAAAAAUUGUCAGAAUGUCAGAAAUGUUUGUGUUAAAGCAGUUGGAUGGAAGUGACCAAGAGUUGUUUGAAGAUUCGUUAGGUUUAGAUGAUAAUUUAAUGAGAAAACAAGAAAACAGAAACUUCAGUAUUAUGAGUGACUCUAAAGUUGACGGGGACAAUGAAGACGACGAGUUUAUGGAAGGAAUGGAAGGACUGGUGGACAUCGGUGCACAUUAUUUGGUUAAAAGACCGGAUGACACAUGGCAGUCAGCAGAAGUGAUUCAGACAAGAUACAUUGAACCAGAUGGCCAUUGGGAAUAUUAUGUCCAUUACGAAGGUUUUGAUCGCCGUCUGGAUGAAUGGGUUACCCGAGACAGGAUUAUGUGCUCUCAGUUGGAAAUGGCAGAGCAUCGUUGGACAAAUGCUCAGAGGCUCAUCUCUGGAGAUGCAAAUGAUAAAUCAGAUAGGAAAAUUACAAGAAAUCAGAAGCGUAGGCAUGAUGAAAUCAAUCACAUCCAAUUGACGUAUGCAGAGAUGGACCCAACAACUGCUGCUUUAGAGAAAGAACAUGAAGCAAUUACCAAAGUGAAAUACAUCGAUAAAUUACAGUUUGGUCGCUACGAGAUAGAUACAUGGUACUUUAGUCCUUAUCCUGAAGAAUAUGGAAAACAGCCCAAACUGUGGAUAUGUGAAUACUGUUUGAAGUACAUGCGUCUGGAAAAGACAUGCAGGUACCACUUGAGUGAGUGUACUUGGCGCCAACCUCGCGGUAAGGAGAUAUAUCGUAAAGGUACUUUGUCUGUCUGGGAAGUAGAUGGCAAAGACCACAAAGUUUACACCCAGAAUUUGUGUCUAUUGGCAAAGCUUUUCUUGGACCACAAGACACUCUAUUUUGAUGUUGAGCCCUUCAUGUUUUACAUAUUGUGUGAAGUGGACAAACAGGGUGCUCAUCUAGUAGGUUACUUCUCUAAGGAAAAAGAGUCCCCUGAUGGAAAUAAUGUUGCCUGUAUUUUGACACUGCCACCUUACCAGCGAAUGGGAUAUGGGAAAUUCUUGAUUGCAUUCAGUUAUGAGUUAUCAAAACUAGAAUGCACUGUUGGUAGUCCUGAGAAGCCAUUAUCAGAUCUUGGCAAGUUGAGUUAUCGUUCCUAUUGGUCAUGGGUGUUGCUUGACAUUCUCAGGGACUUUAGAGGAACUGUGUCCAUCAAAGCUCUCAGUGAAAUGACGAGCAUCGCGCAGACAGACAUAAUCUACGCCCUGCAGUCAAUGAACAUGGUAAAGUACUGGAAAGGGCAGCAUGUGAUCUGUGUCACACCCAAGCUCAUUGAGGAGUACAUAAAGACUUCACAGUUAAAAAGUCCAAGGAUGACUGUUGAUGUGUCGUGUCUUCGAUGGAGCCCACCGAAGAAAGUACAAGUGAAAUUGGGCAAGAAGUGAUGUGUUUGUAAAGGUAAACAUUACAUUGCUAAUGGUAUUAAUCUUGCAUUUAUGUGCCAUCCUAGCACUAUCAGGGAUUACAUAAGUUCUCCCUAUUUUUGUGACCAAGAAAUAGUUCUAGGUUAGAAUCCUUGGAAGUCAUUAAUGUGUGUAGCAUUUUGUUAUUUUGAAUUUAGAUUAAAUUAAUUUGAUUAGCUGCUCCCUGAUUAACCUACUGGAAUGAAAGCAAGGGCAUUAAUAAGAGUUUUAAAUAUAAUCAAUAGAUAUUUAGAUACACCAUGCAAACUUACUCUUAAAUUAAUUUAUUUAUAUAUGUUAAAUGGUAUCUGAGUGGCAUCUAUUUGGUUUUUCUUGGCAUAACACAGAGCCCAUCCGGGUGGUAAAAAUUUUCUUUAUUCCUGCACUUGAGAUCUAGAACUUCACACAGAAGCUUCGCAGUUCAGAAAUGCACCUUAUUUCAUCAUUUGAAAACUUGAUCUUCAUACAAAUUUAUUUAAUUUAAACUUUUACCAAAAAAAUUAUUGUGCAUUGAUCUUUUUGAUGGAAUAUGUCAUUAAAAUUAUAUUAUGAAAAGUAAUAGAAUCUCUAUAUUAUUGAAGGAAUAAAAUAUGGGGGAAUGACAUGCAAUCUCUUUGUCACAGCAAAUUUGUUGUUUGAUUUAACGUUGUACGUUCAUUGGAUAUAAAUGUAAGUUAUUAAUUAAAUUUCAGAUUGUCCAUUCUUUUCUUUAUAUUUACUUGUGGGGAAAAAUAUUUUGAUGACUAUUUUUCUAUUGAAACAACAAGUCCUCAUGUGCCAUAUAGCAGCUAUAGUAUAUUCUGAACAUAAUGUACAAUAAAUGGUCCUUUGUGGCAGAGAGAAGUUCAAAACAUGGGUGGCUCCAGGAACACUAUUCAGGUGGAUCUUUUGUAAGAAGAAAGGAUACAUGUUAGAAAUAGGCAUAAGAAUGCUUACAAAAUUAUGGUGUCAAAUACUGAACUUUCAAUGUUUCUUAAAACGUUUAUAAUUUUAUGCUACUUUUGAUGAAAGAAUUGUUUAUCGCCCGAAUUAAGAUAUUUAAGUAAAUGUUAACGUACUGUCAAAAAUAAAACAAAAUAAA